UGCGCCUUGUUCGCCUUGCUCAGUUGAAUUGGAGCACUCUGUGCCACCUCUUUCCUCUGCAUUAUCCUCUGAGGACCCACCAGAGCUCAGAGCUGAAGCUUAAGAAGAUGAAGUCUCAGAGAAUACAUGCUAUAUGAUGUAUGGUAAUUCACAGUAUCUUCCUUUGGUACAUGAGAUGGAGAACCAUAUCGAAUGGAGGUCAAGAAGAGAAAUGGAGUUCACCAGUCUAAGCACUUCAACUGGAAAUAACAAUGCAGAUGGAGAGUGGCAUCUGGUGACAGCCCCUCGUGCAGUGCUUCAGUGUGAGAGAGCAAUGAAAAGAGCGGGUCAGCAGGAUCAGCUGGAGGGGGAGUUCUACAACAGCCUGCCAAGAGCACAUUUUCUGCGUCCUGGCUAUUUUCGCACUGCAACAGAGUCAAGUGCAUUCUCCCCCUACAGACAUGAUCUCCGCUUCCAGGGCAAAGGGCUGCAGGAUCAGAGCCCUAGAGACAGUGGGAGUUAUGCACGUAUCCCCCCAUCCUCAAGGCCACACCCACUGGCACAGCCUGGCUUCUACAGUCCCAAGAUCCCUCGCUCUAAACAUUGUGAGCCUGCUUUGUCCACAACAAAGACUUUAAAAGGGUGUUCCCUGAAUAAAAACAUGAAGGAGUUUUAUUCUCACACUCUGCCUCUUCCCCACUCCAAGAUAGCUGUUCUCAAACGAAGUAGUGGACUGUGCAGCAAACCACAAGGAAUCAAGACUUCAGUGGUGGAAAAGCCUCGUUUGAUGAGGGCGGUCAUUUCACAGAUAUCCUCAGAUUCAAACCAACUCGGCCAGCAGCAGUACAACAACCAGUUUCAACAUAUCAAGAAAGAGGAUAUCCAGAAUCAGUGCUUCUCCAGUCAGCAUCAGUCAUCACUAAACCUACUCAGUACUGAAGUUUCCAGGAAAGAGGAAUUUGUCUGGAAUCAUGGUCAACCACAGUCCAAUCAACUGCAGCGCACACGACACCAAAGUUCCUUCAGAUUGCCAAAAUGUGCCCAGGAUUCACAUGAGAUCAACACCAGCUAUAUGCUUCCACAAACCCAAUCAGCAAACCAGACUAACACGCAUCUGAAUAUACAGUCUUCAUGUUUCUGUAAGUUAAGUCUAUUUAAUGGCAACUGCAUUCAUAAUACUGAGGAUGGUGCCAACUAUCGUUCGCACAGCAACAUACCACAGCCCAUUAAUGACCUGAAGGACUCAAGGAAGAAGAAGCAUGACUCCAAAGACAGAAAAGACAGCAAUGAUGUUGGAAACAAUAUUUCUAACAAUACAAGCCAUGUGGACAUGAACUCAAGAAAUGUGUUUGGUCAGCCCCGUGUGACUGCCACACUUCGGGCAGCAUGCUCCCCACGACCCGCUCGCAAGAGCACUGUAGUGGAGGACCUGAAAAAACUCAUUGUGAUGGAUGACAUAACUGACAUCUCUCACCGUGACUCACCCUGUCUUCAGCAAACCCAAACAAACAGCAGUCCUAGUGAGUUCAUGCAGGAUUCAGCAUCAUCAAGCCCCUUCCUCAGCAGGCAUGACGUCUCCAGGCCCAGCCAUCUCUCUCUGCAGUCUAGUCCCACAGUGGGUCAGCCGAUGUCUGCUGAGUUUGCAGAGUGGGACAAAGACCUUCAGUUUGACCAUGGACUCCUGCCUUUGCCAAAUACAGAUCAUGACCUUGAUUGGACCAGUUUGGUCAAUGCUGCCGAGGCCUAUGAGAUGCAGAGGAUGGAAGAUUUCCUGUCUGCUGAGCCCCAUAACAUGCUCUCAGGCAUGAGUCCUGUAUCACACAGUCCAGCUUACAGUGGCCAAAACGUUCCUCGUGUUAGUCCCUCUGUUACUGGAGAGACAGAUAAUGAUGUUUUCAUUGACCUUCCUGACCAACUCUCCCACCUGGAAGCGGUGCUGAGAAGACUGAGCAGGGAUCUUUUGAAGGAGAAGAAGGACAAGGUGGCUCUGCUGGCUGAGGUGCUGAAACUUCGCAUGAGCAACCAGCACCUGAAAGAAGAGUCCUGGUCUGCUAAUGCACAGCUACACAAAAUCUGCCAAAUAUUCAACAUAAGUAUGUAUGGAGUAGGAGAGCAAAGAAAAUAGAAGGAUAUGUGAAAUACGAAAAGAUGUGUAUUAUCCAUCCUUUUAAAACAUGCAAUGGCAAAAUCUACAAAACAAAACAACAAAAAAUGUCUCACAAGUCAAUUAACUCUGGUGAGAGGCAUGUUAAACCCAUAAUAUGACCUAUAACCAAACAUUUCAAAUAUAAAUAACAUUGAAUUAAGGCCACUGUAUUUAAAUAUACAACAAAUAAAGCUUAAUACAUGUUUUGUUAUACUUAAAUAGUCAGUAAUAGUGCUUUUAAAUAAAAAUGUCAUCCUACAGGAACCCCAAUGAUGAAUUAUAAAGUAUAGUUUUUACACAAAUAAUCCUUGAAAUAUGUAUUUCCAAUGCUUGAAAGCACUUUUGUUUUUAGGAAAAAAAAAUACUGUUGUCUUCUGAACCUUUGUUAUUUGUUACAGUAAAACACUUUAAAAUAACAUGUUUUGUAGAACUUCCACAGUUGGUGUUUAACCACUACAAUAAUACAUUUCAAUACAUUUAAAGUGUAGUUAUCUGAAGACUCCACAGUCUAUUUGGCUAUUGCCUUUGUAUAAUCAGAUUUCAUGACUGCUUCAGAGACAUGACCAUUCUUCAGUCAGGGGACACAUACAUUGCGAAUGACUGUGGUACAUUUGCAACACAAGGGUAAAGAACAAGUUUGCUCAAGGCUUUCCCCUGGAGGCAAAGUACAAAUCUCUGUGUGCCAGUAACAUAUUCAGAGGGCUUAGGAUAAAGUCCUCUGCUUCCUCAUCUGCCUCCCAUCCUUCACUACGCACAUUACGGUUUUGCUGGCGACUGAAGUGCCUUGCUUUCAGGCUAAAAUAAAGAAACAUCAGAGGUUUAGGAUGAGAAUGGGGUUCUGUGAACCUCUGUAAAACAAUGCAGUGAUUGAAAUUUAGUAGGCAUACCAGUACAAACGUCUCUCUUGCUUAGGCAUUAUAUGCCACAAUUUGGCCAGCUCUUUGGUAACCACAGUCGAAGGAGUGCCAGGAUGCGUUCUGCUCAGAGGUCAGAGACAUGUUUGGUCUUCCAUCCAUUGAUCUCUAUGAUUUUUUAGAAACAUCCAAAAUCCACUGAAGGAGACUGACAACUCAAUCUGAAAGAAGGAGAAAUUAUACACUCACCUAAGAUACAAUCUCCGGUUCACUCUGCAAAACAUGAUAAAGCCAUUCACACAUUUCUUCUUCAGGUUAGGGUUUGUAACAUCCUGGCUCUUGUUGAAGAAUCUUCUGCGACGAGCUUUUGUUGCUGUCCUCUCAGGAAUGCAUUGUUUUGGGGUCCAGUUUAUAUAAUCCGAACCUCUGUCAUCUUCCUUGCUCAGCAAAGAAAAACAUCAUUGCUGUGUUAGCAAUGCUAUUAGCAAAGGGUGCAUAUUGAAGGAGCUUUUAAUUCACUCUGCAUGUUAACAGAGAUAAAAAAUGUACUCACUGACUCAUCUGGAGAUUUGCGUUGCAAACUGGGUGCUUUGAGAUCAGUAGGUUUAGAAGUCACCCAUACAUCUUCAAAUAAUGCUGUAAUAGGUCAAAUUAAAGAGCAAACAAGGUGACAUGGACAAAGUCUUAACUGUGUCACUAUGUUAAUAAAUAGCUCAAGAAAAGAGUCAAACACUUUUGAGAGUUUCAAUUAGCAUUUCCUUCUAAUCACUUAAUUUUCAGGUUAUUUAAUUAUCAUUGAUGUAUGGCUUGAUAAGGGCAAGUACUGUCUGUGCAACUUAGCUGUCCCAGAGUGAACAGUCUUAAGGUCUUACUCUGCAGCUCCUCUUGUCUGUUGGGUAGUAGUGGGUGACUGAGGUCACGAGCUGGUGAUGUGAGCAGAGAGGGGCUAAGAUUCAGGCCCUCCCCAGCUCCCAGCAAUGGGAGGAAUGGUAGUACAGGUGUCUGUGGGAGUGUGGGGCUAGCAGGCAACUGCUUAUUCCCCAAAGAAGGGAGAAUUCCAAGCAUCCUGUCUUUCAAAAGAAAGGACCUGAAAACAGAAAAAAAAACAUAAUGUUUCCUUCAGGAACAGUAUAAAAUUUGGCUGGUAAUUAUAACCACCAACAUCAAAACAAUU